CGCGACUUGGCCACGUGACCACACGCACAGUGUCUCCUUAGCUGACUAUGCACACAAUGGUGGCCGACAGCAUCCACCCCGAGAAAGGAAACAGACCACACGCCAGCCCCCCACUCAUGAAGAGAAAAGUGUCUAUGGGGUCUAUCACAGACACAGAUGACAUACGUGCCACCCUUCUCUCAUUCGCAGUAUCGGCUGUGCGGCGGACAGCAAGACACUCUCGCGCACCAGCUAUGGCCUUGUGCCACUCGUCAGAAAGCUCGUGCAUCAGCUGCCGCCAUGAGAAGGGCCUAGGCGGGGGACAACUGGGUGUGCUGUUUCGAGUGAUGAUUCGUAAGCCGUCCUCUGUCCAGCGGGGAUUAGUGCUCAGACGGUAGUAGCGAAGGAUAUCAAUGCGAAGGAAGAACAGCAAGAAAAUGACUGCAAGGUGGGAGGAGAACGUCAAUGCAGGGAAGGAGACAUGCAGUGGUGUGGGUGGACGUGUUUGCUGUGGUUACUCAUGGCGGUGGGGACGACGAAGCUUCUGAGGCUGUCUGACGGGUUGUUGCUGUAGAAGAAGGCCACCAGGAAGGCCACACUUAUGGGGUAGGUGAAGAGCGCCAGCACGGUGAAUUUGAAGUGGCAAGAAGCGUCAUCGCCCUCUAGCGGUGUGAUGGGCAGUGACACAAGGAUGGUGUCAAACCAUACACGUGACCACAACCAGUACCUGCACACACACACACGGAGAAAUAGAUGGAUGUGAGAAGGGCAGCACCGCCUGUCUGUCUCUAAGUCUCUCACUUGAUGAGUCCGAACGGCAGGAGGUAUUUGAUGUUGGUCUCGAUGCGGCCGUAGACGGCAGGCAGCCGAAAAAUGAACAGCACGGUGGAGAGAUAGGUGCCGACCGGAGCCAUCAGCACAGUCACGAUCACAAACCACAAUGCGAAAUUCCGGACCUUCCGAAGACGGUACAGCAUCGAGCCCUGAACGUAUGCAUCGCACACACGACACACUUGCCUGUCUCACCAAUUGUGUCUGACUCGGUGUCUAUCCGAAUAUCUAUGGUCACCGAUCUGUCUCCAUAAGUCAAACACCUUCCUAAUGUCAGUGCCGGUGAACGUCUGCAUGAUAUUGUCACCAUAGUCGAAAGCCACCAUUGACGCGAAACACGCGACGGUCGCUGCAAAGGCAGCCAGCGCCGAUAAGACAGUGGCGUAGAACAUAAAUGGAACCGGACAGAGCCAUGCUGACAGACAGAGAGUAGGGACAUUUAUGCACUGAAGAGCAGAAUUCUUGUGUUGAAUACCUGUUGCUGCCACGGCGAGGAAAGCCUCAUUUGCCAGAGCGAUGAUCCACCGCAGAAUGGGGUACGGGGUCAGCCGCCACAUAGUCAGCGUUGACAUCCCUACUGUUGUCCCAAGACCACUCUCCUCAUCUCCUUGGUGCCCAGUGAUCGUCCCUUUCUCAGUGCAAGGGAUUUCCAUCCACUUUCGCCAUUUCCACGGCUCAUGUAGCACAUAUCUGGCAAAGAGAGUCGCGUUGGCCGAGGCGACGAGCACCACAGCCGCCACGAGAAGCGCUCUGAAGGCAAAUUGCUCCCGUGGGUAGAAUCCGCUGCAGACUGCGGCGUAUGGGAUGAUAAAUGACGUCAGGACACGCCAUAGGAACGUAAAGGCGAACUGCUCAGCCUUGGAUACUUUCAACACAAGGUGACGCAAGACACGGGCUGUCAAUUGAGAAGACACACAGAGACAGACAGCCGUACGAAGGCGGUCUCCCUCGCCCGUAUCUGUUCUGCUCACUCUUGCGGUGUGGAUCUGUCCAUAUGCGGACCUCUGAAAAAGAGGAGCCAGCCGUGCCUUGGGUGCGUUCCCGACGAUAUAUAAUCUGUAUGGAAAGGGCACGGAAAUGAAUACAAAUGUCUCUUUGGCCUUUCGCCUUCCCACCCGAUGAAGACUCCCACUGCACUCUGACAGUCGCAGUACACUGUGGCAGUCGAGCUGCGAGAGCAGGGCCACAUCCAGCCCCGCUACCUCAUACAGCUGCACCAGACAACCGCCCUUCAUCCUCCUACCCCGACCCUGGCGCAAGUAAGUCUCACCGGGAGCCGGUCCACCACCCUGUCUGAUGACUCGUGAACGGGCUCUUUGGUGUCCCGUGCUUGGGGGGCGCAGAGAGAGCACUGUGUUAUCAUCGAACGUGCCUUGCCAGUCCCUCGCAGAAGAAGAGUUUGAGGGCCAGACAACAGAAGGGUUGUCGACCGGCUGGGAGGGAAGUGGCUGAUGGUCUCCCCUCGGCUGACCGAUGACGGCUGCAGAAACGGAGUCGAGAGACUCGAGAGUGAGUGAAGAUCCACUGCCAUAGACGGGAGACGAGGAGUCGAUAGCCGAGUCGGACAAGCUCCACGCGCGGGAGACUUGAGGGCUGUCGCCUUCGUGUGGACUGCAGCGGGGCGGCAAUGGGUGCAGAGAUACCCGCGAGGUGUCUGUCCCGUCUUGCACAGGAGAGGGGAAGGGUGUGAGGAGGGGCGGGGGAAGCCACAUUGAUGGGGGAUCGGUGUUUCUCGGGACAACGGCUGAGGGCCUGAGAGAAA